GAUGGUGGAGCCUCUAGGGUUUUAACGCCGACGAUGAGGGGUUUCGAUCGGAGGCCUUAUGUACGGUUAAUCUUUGGUUUUCGUUGGAUAUCUAUUUGGUUGCUCUUUGUUAUUCGGGUUGUCUUGGUGGAUUUUGGGCUCAUUUCGGGUUCGUCAGAUUUCAAUAAUCUCAGUUUUGAUUUGGAGGUUUUGGGUACAAGAUGCAAUUGGCUUAGUUUAUGGGAAGAAGAGAAAGAUCUGAUUGUUUUUGAGAUUGGAAUAGGGUUAUUACGGCUGUGUGUGGUUUCGGUAAAGGGAUUGGAUCCUCAGCCCAAGGUAGUUUCGAGCAGAUACGGGUUCGAUUUGGUGACUUUCCAUGGCGAUUUGCAGUGGAGAUUGGUACAUCAGAGAUGUGUGGGGACAUAUCGGAAGGUUUCCGAUUUAGUUUAUACGGUGGUUUUGGGUUUUAUAUGGGGACUUUAUGAGAUGGUUUCGAAAUCUCUCCGGUGGGUUUGUUUGAAAGAGAAGAUUCAGUCUCUAUGGCUAAUUCAAUUUCUGAAUUCUUUUAGGGUCUACAUCAUGAGAUGGAUAUUUUCCAUAACGGUAGGGAGUGAUUCUAAGACAGUGAUUAUAUGGAACCAAGGGGUCAGUUGUUAUGUGUUCUUAGAUGUGGGUCUUGAUUACAGAUUGGUCAGAGUCAAUUUUUUAGAUCUUAAAGGUACCAAUUUGUUUUACUCGGUGGUUUUAGGUUUUAUAUGGUGGCUAUAUGAGGUUGUUUCAAAUUCCUUAUGGUGGUCGUGGUUGACGGAGACGAUUCGGUCAUCAUGGCAAAGUCAAUUUCUGAACUUUCCGGGAUUGACGAAGGAGGAGACAAGUCUAUGUGCGCUUUGUGCUAUGGUUUGGCUUAAAGCAAGGUGGGAUUAUAAAAUUAUCAAGACUGAUCAGAGAGGAGUUUGUUUGAAAUUCAUUGAGGGAUGAUGAUGGUUUCUAAUGGAACAUGUUCUUGGAAAAAUUGGGUUAUCAAUAGAAAUAGUGAAGUCUCGAGGGUUAAUGUUCGAUCCUUGAGUAAAAUGGAGAAUAAUAUUUGGAUCACAUGGAAAGAGGGUGAUUUUUUCCAUUUGGAAAUCAAGGUUUUGACUCAACGGCUAAAAUCCCUCAUGGAUUUGCAAUUCUGGGAUGAUGUAGUAUCUGUGAUUGAGAAUAAAGCUUUCAUACUUUU